AUGUCAUCCCAAUUCUCGCCCCCACCGGAACUGCAGUACGGCAUUGCCCACGUUCCUCCUCGCCUCCCCAAGAAUUUCCGCGGCCGCAGCGGAGUUUGGGCGUGUGAAGCUUGCGGUAAGACCAAGCUGUUGGCGGGUGGCACCCUCAAAUGGACCUGUGAGCGGUGCCAGACGGUGCUGUAUACGGUUCCCGAGUACGAGUGUCCACUGGAACGAGCCCGUCGAUUCAUCAAGGUCAAGAAAUCGAAUAAUACUGAACAUCCACAGCAAAACAACGGCCAACAAGAAAAAAACUCCAAUGAUGAGACGAGACAAGCAAAACCUUAG